CGGCUUGUUUUGCUUUGCUCGCUAGUGCGGCCGGCGCGACGCGGCGGACGUCCGUUCCGUUCUUCACAGUGCAGGCGUGGCGAGCCAGCCAACACCAUCGAGUCGACUGCCGGACGAUCACAGGGCAACACCGAGCCUGCACGCCGUCGUCGGCUUCCUUCAGGAACGAGCCGUGGAGCCAACCACUGGUGUGUGUGUGAGCUUCCAAGAGACGUGUCAGCAUGCCGGGAGGCCAGCCACGCACUGGAGGGCGCAGUUCAGGCGGAAGUGGCAGUGGUAGCAGCGGUGGCAGGUCGAGGAACGAGCUGUGGCUCCUGCUGACGGAGUACUGCACGCCGCGUCGCGACUGUGGCGUCACUCUUCCCUCCGGACCCUGCGGACGAAUCCACGUCAAAGACAAGCGCGUCCAGAUCAUCGUAGAGCGGCGAGAAUACUUGCACAGCAGCGUUUGCUCGGACAAGGACUGUGAAACGACAACAGAAAAAGUCUUUUACAAACAUCCUGAUAAGAAAAGACCUGUAUUUUCAGACGGAAAGUUCUUUGGACAAUCAAGCCCUGCCCUUGUGGCCAAAAUUGAAAAGGCUUUUACAGACUUAGUAGAUGAGUUUGCAAGUACAGUCAAACCAGGCAAGGAGGAAAAUACGGAAGAUCUGCCUGUGCUUUAUGAAUCAUGCUGCGCGGGUCACUGCGAUGAUCUUAUCUAUUUGUUGGAGUUUGGAAAAAUUAAAGCUCUUGAUCGUUACACAAAGGAGGAAUUUUCAGAAGUCAUGAGUUGCUACCAUGGUGGCCAAGCUGUCGGGCACCAUAUGUCUUUCUUUAUGCAUUAUAUAGUCCAUUUCUUCAUAGGAACAAAGUUGUUAUUGUACAAUAACGUUGAGCAGGCCCCUAAAUUACACCGGGUGUAUGACAGUGCUUGUGAUGGUCAAACGUUCCUGCCUUAUCAGCGAAAAAACUUGCAUUUGUGGAUGAAAGACUUGGACGUAACGACAGAAAUGUGCAAAGCGGCUUUCCGCUGCAUUUAUUUAUAUGUUUAUUGGCGACGUAAAUUUGAACCAGACUACAACAUAAAAACUGAUCGCAUUUUAGAAUUAGGGAAUGGGGAGCGCAUUGGCUUCUGGUGUUUUAGCUCUUCUUAAAUCACACACAGGUGGUACAUGCCAGCCCUAGUUGGCGGCCAUAGGCUUGCAUGGUUGAUGCUGGCUGAUACUUAGUGUUUUGUAUGAAUUGCGGUUUGAAUAUUUCCUAUCUUAAUGUUAGCGUUAAGGCGGUGAUGCUUCGUAGCUCAAUCAUUAACGAAGAUGUGACUGUUCAAUGUUUUUGCCACCCUUUCUAUUCUUUUUCGCAAAUCGGUAUGAUUUGUAUGGACGGACACGAAUGUACGGACGGUUGCAUAAAUUCUAGCGGCGUUAAAUGAAUCAGUAUGUUAACUGUAAAUAAGAAAUAAAAGAGUUGUUUCAAAUUUGAA